AUGGCAGUUCUAGAGCACAAAGCAGGGGCUCCCCUGGUGGUCAGAAGCAGCACUGAGUUGGUGACUUUCCAGGAUGUGGAUGUGGACUUCACCCCGGAGGAGUGGGGCCUGUUGGACCCUUCUCAAAAGGAGCUGUACAAGGAGGUCAUGCUGGAGAAUGCAUGGAACCUGCUGUCUGUGGGCUUGCCAGCUCCCAAAGACGUGAUCUCUCAUCUUGAGCAAAAGGGAGCACGGGGGGUGCUGGAGCAAGAAGUCCUGAGGAGCCGCUGCCCAGAUAUAAAAACUAUUGGAACAUCCACAAGAAUCCUGUAUCUACAUACUGGAGAGAAACCUUACAAAUGUAAUCAGUGUGAAAAAGCCUACAAAAAGAAGGCUUUUCUUAUUGUACAUCAGAGAAUCCACACUGGAGAGAAACCUUAUGAAUGUGAUCAGUGUGGAAAGGCUUACAGACAGAAAGCUUAUCUUGUGAGACACCAGGGAAGCCACUCUGGAGAGAAACCUUAUGAAUGUCAUCAGUGUGGAAAGGCUUACAGACAGAAAGCUUAUCUUACGAUACAUCAGAGAAUCCAUACUGGAGAGAAACCUUAUGAAUGUGAUCAGUGUGGAAAGGCUUACAGACAGAAAGCUUAUCUUACGAUACAUCAGAGAAUCCACACUGGAGAGAAACCUUAUGAAUGUGAGCAGUGUGGAAAGACUUACACACAGAAAGCUUAUCUUGCGAAACAUCAGAGAAUCCACACUGGAGAGAAACCUUAUGAAUGUGAUCAGUGUGAAAAGGCUUACAGACAGAAAGCUUAUCUUAUGAAACAUCAGAGAAUCCACACUGGAGAGAAACCUUAUGAAUGUGAUCAGUGUGGAAAGGCUUACACACAGAAAGCUUAUCUUAUGAUACAUCAGAGAAUCCACACUGGAGAGAAACCUUAUGAAUGUGAUCAGUGUGGAAAGGCUUACACACAGAAAGCUUAUCUUAUGAUACAUCAGAGAAUCCACACUGGAGAGAAACCUUAUGAAUGUGAUCAGUGUGGAAAGACUUUCAGAACCAACUCACACUUUAUUGUACAUCAGGGAGUCCACACUGAAGUGAAACAAUAUAAAUGUGAUGAAUGUGGAAAGGCUUACAAAAACAACCAUGGUUUAGUUGUACAUCAGAGAAUCCACACUGGGGAGAAACCCUAUGAAUGCCAUCAUUGUGGAAAGUCUUUUAGAUACAGCUUCAGUCUUACUGUACAUCUAAGAGUCCACACUGGGGAGAAACCGUAUCAGUGUCAUGAAUGUGGAAAGGCUUACAAACAGAAGACUCGUCUUACUGUACAUCAGAGAAUCCACACUGGAGAGAAACCUUAUCAGUGUCAGGAAUGUGGAAAGACUUUUAGAAAAAGCAAUAAUUUUGUUAAACAUCAGAGAGUUCAUACUGGAGAGAAACCUUAUGAAUGUGAUCGGUGUGGAAAGGCUUUCAAACAGAAAGCUUAUCUUAUUAUACAUCAGAGAAUCCACACUGGUGAGAAACCUUAUGAGUGUGAUCAGUGUGGAAAGGCUUUCAGACAGAAAGCUUAUCUUAUGAUACAUCAGAGAAUCCACACUGGUGAGAAACCUUAUGAGUGUAAUCAGUGUGGAAAGACUUUCAGACAGAAAACUUAUCUUACGAUACAUCAGAGAAUCCACACUGGAGAGAAACCUUAUUAAUACAAUCAACAUGGAAAAGUUUUCAUAUGAAAACUGAGUCUUGCUGUAUAUCAGGGAAUCCACAGUGGAAAGAAACAUUGUAAAUGUAAUGAAUGUGGAAAGGGCUGUUUAAAAAACCACGAUUUGGCUACAUAUCAGAAACUUUACAAGUGUGAUCAAUGUGCAGAGAAUUCCAGCUGAAGAGAAACCUUUGGAAUAUUAUUCAAUAUGGAAAUGCUUCUAGAGAUCCCUCUGAUAUUAUCUCCCUUAGAGAAGCCACACUGAAAAAGGGUCUAGAUUGUGGUAAGGUUUUUUACAUGCUCUCUUCCCCAAUGUAAAAUAAAAGAAUCCAUACCAGAGGACAAACAUUAAUGUAGCCACAUGGAAAAGCAUUUAGACUAAAUUCAUCACUUAUUUCCCAUCAGAGAAGAGGAAGUAAAAGGACAUAGAAAUUAUAUCCCUGUAACAAAUGUGGAAAGGCAAUACAGAUUAGAAUACAGAGCUUAUUUGACAUCCGAAUAUUCAUCUUGGGAAUAUUCAUCUGGACUCAACAUGGGAAGAUCUUCAGCCACAGACCAUCUCUUACUUUAUAUCAAAGACUCUCAGUGAAGGAAAGACUUCAGAAUCUGCUCAAUGGUGAUCCACCUUCCCCUACAAAAUGGAGGUCAUUAGACACAAUGUACUUCUGUGUACAAUGGAAAAAUCUUCAUGUAGAUAAAACUUAUGAGCUAAUUAGAGAACAGGUUUUUAUCCACAGGACAGAUUUCAAUAGAAACCAUACAUUUCAUACAUGCUUCAAGCCAUGAAAAUGGGCAAUAUUUCUCAGAAAUCUUAAAAGUUUUUACUUCUGGGAGUCAAGAGUGCAGAAUAAGCGGGGAAUUGCCCAGACUCUCCCAUAUUCACCUCUCAACAAUUAUAAAAUUAUGCCCCAAAAUGAAUUCUGAAAUUAUAGAACCAAUAAAAAAGAAAGGCUCAGACAAAUCUUUUAGCCCAAAGAAACUCGGAAAGUUGUCAGGUAAGGUCUCCUACACGUCUACAAAAGGGGAGUAUGGUCCAGGACAGAAAGCAUUGCAAGAAGCCAGUAGCAUCCUCUGCUUCAGCAAAACAGCAAGAUGCUCUAAGCCCCAAUUCAGAAACUGUAUUGCCUGACAAGCAGGCAAACAAUAUUGGACCCCACCAAAUGCCUCAGUGCAGCUCCAGUGAACAGGCAGAGAUCAGCCAGGAACCCCUUCUCUCCGUGUGCCUUAUCUGCCAAGUUUCCAAGGUGAUCUCCCCACCUCUUGAGAUGUGGCAAAGUACCAGCCACUCACCUCCCUCUCCUGGACAGCCAUAGCAAGGAUCCCAUACUCUUGGUGUAGCACAGGGGUCUCCCACGUGCCUCAGUGUAUUGCCAGGUAAUACGGUGGGAUUUGUAUUAUUUUGUUCAGAUUUGCUCCUACAGAAUGACACACCCACAUGGAAAUACAAAUAAUGCAUUUUAAUGUCAGCAAAUAAUAGGAGUACAAGUAGUAUUGCAGCAACAAUAUCCAAUAUAUUGGAUAAUUAUACAAAGGAAAGCAAGAGAAAGUGAAAGAGGGGAAAUCCAUCCCUGAUUUGUGGGAGCACAAACUUGUGAUUGUCUGGGCUGGAGAAUCCAGAUCAGAAUCUUGAUCAGAACGAACCUAGCAGAGUGUCUUCUCAAAUGGUGAAAUUGGUGAAAUUGUCUCUGGGUGGUUUAAAUGAUUUGAGAACAAAGAAGGCUUUGGGCAAUCUCCAAUUUCCUCCCGGACUUUACCAGAGCAGUAGCCAAUUUCAUCUGGAAAGGUGUGGAACAAUUAUGGAGACCUCAGAACUGGUUAGGUUCUCCCAAGGGCAAGACUUCAUUUAUUACAACCUUGUGCAUCUGGCCAUGAUCGGUCUGUUCUUAGGCUAUCAAGAUGAACAAGUGUUCAGACAUAAAGGGGGGUGGAGGGGAGAGAGAAGGGAGUAAGCUACAAAUCAUCCAGAUUUCAAGACAUUAGUCUGAGCCUACAACUUGGAGGAUCUUUGUUUUUUAGUUAUUAACCUGUCAUUCCACUUUAAGAUGAGAAACGUUUAGGGUAUAGGCUAUUUACAUUUUAGGGGUCAUGCUGGUAUAUGUCAUAUUUUGCACAACAGUAGUUACACAUGAAUAGUAAUAGUAUAGUAGAUAAUAAAAUAGGUUUAGCUAAAAUAGAAAAAUAUUUUUGGGUGGUGAUUGAUUUAAAGAAAAAAUGUCAAUGAAGAUUAAUAUUGAAAAUAACCAAAUGUGAGGUUUCAGUUAUUUUUUUUGGCAACUAUAUGAAUUUGUAUUUGAUGUUCGUUGACUGCUCUCUGAUUCUUUUUCAAUAAUUGCUUCAUUAUUAAAGAAGAAUUUAAUAUAGAUACCAAAGGUCCAAGAGAUACAUAAGUAGAGGGUAAAGGUAAAAAUUUAGGUGCCCAAACUCAAAGUCUCUUCAUCCACUUGAUCAGGGAGAAAGUAAAAACCAUCACCCUGCCAAUGGAGAUAGGAAACAUUUUCUAGACAUCCAGCAUAGGGGUCUAUUAAACCCACGGAAUGUAAGUCAGUUUGAUUUGGAGUUACAAUACAAAUAUGUUGAGCCAAAAUCUUCAUGAGCCAAAGUUAUAGAAAAUAUCUUCAUCAGUGGACAAAAUCCUGUGAGGACUUCUGCAAAAAUAAAUUUACAAAUCCUUGAUUAUGAUUAGGAAUGAGCCACUCAAAAGGAUGUUAACUAUGCUCCAGGUAUAGAUCUCCAAUUGAAUGAGACCAUUUAACUUAAGGGUGUUGUCUGGGAAAGAUAUGCUUUUCACAGCGUUUGAGAAUCCCCACAAAGGGACACAAUUUACAUCUGCCCCCCCCCCCAAAAAAAGGUGUUGUCGGGGAAAGGUGUGCUUUUCACAAGGUUUGAGAGUCCCCCAAAGGGGACACAGUUUCAGAGCACCCCCAAAAGUUAAAAGGGAUACAAUUUACAUCAGUUUGGGGGUCCAGAUAUCCUGCAGUUAAUGUGGAGCCAUUUUGUCAAGACUUCUAGGUUCUUGUUUUGGAUCAGUUUUCACCUGGGCAGUCUUUGCUAGCCCACCUACAUAGGCAUUGUACUCAUGUUCAAGAAAGUCCAUGGGCAUCAACAGGAAAACAAAGACAAUAUUUUGUACCCAUUCCCAAAAAUCCAGGUAAACUAUCCCUUCUUCUCCUAAUUUGCUUCUAGUAUCACCCUUUACAUGCUUUUCAUCACCCUUUACAUCAAAUGGAACCCAUUUGAACCUUAUUUUGGUAUCAUACCUGACAUGUUGAUCAGUGCCUAGGUUCUGCCAUACUAUUUUCCAGUUUUCCCAAUUUUAUAGUGUUUUUUAUAAAAACCUCAUUUCUCAGAGAACUGAGUUAAAUUUUUAAGAAUAGAAGUCAUUCCCUAAUUGAGAAAUGGUCAAAGAAUCUGAAUAGGCAAUUUUCUUUUUAUUUUAUGAUUUAUUUUU